AUGACUGGCCACAUGCUCAGUUUCUCCACUUGUAGAUGUUCUUUGUUAGCGCUUUGUGUGCUCCUUGCCAUGAGCUGCCUGAUGCUAGCCGGCUGCUCUUGGGACUCGUUGCCGACAAGUGAUGAUGAGCACUCGGGCAACCACCAUGAUCCGAUGCUGGACCGUUUCCAUGAGUGGAUGAGGGUUCAAAACAAAUCCUACUCCACGGCUGCUGAGAAGGCUCGCCGGUUCAAGUUAUACAAGAGCAACAUGAGGUAUAUAGAGGCUGUGAAUGCCAACGCGACCACCUCUGGGCUCACGUACGAGCUUGGGGAGGGUCCCUUCACUGACAUUUCAAAUCAAGAGUUCGUGGCACUUUAUACCGGCCAGAUUCCGGCUGGUGAGCAUGGAGAAUAUGGUGAGCAAGAUGAGCAGAUUAUCGCCACCCACAUUGGGCCUGUGGGUCGCGCGGGUAAAAAUACUGUGUACGCCAACUUCUCAGCGAGCGCGCCAAGGAGCAUGGACUGGAGGAAGAGGGGCGCCGUCACCCCCGUAAAAGACCAAGGGAAAUGCGGAUGUUGCUGGGCAUUCUCCACGGUGGCUGCUAUUGAAGGAAUACACAAGAUCAAGAGAGGGAUUCUUAUGUCUCUGUCGGAGCAACAACUGCUAGACUGCGACAGAGAGGAACGCGGUUGCAAUGGUGGAAGAACUAACAAAGCUUUCGAGUGGGUCGAAAAGAAUGGAGGGAUCACCGCCACAUCUUCCUACAGAUACAAGGCAGCCGAAGGUGGAUGCUUGAAGAACCGUAAGCCGGCGGCAAAGAUCAGUGGCUCGAUCCUAGUCAAGAGCAACAACGAGGUGUUGUUGAUGAACGCUGUGGCAAAACAACCGGUAGCCGUUUCGAUCUCAGUACAUGGCAGGCACUUCCCCCACUACAAGCGGGGCACCUACAACGGGCCAUGUGGUGCCAGUCUCAACCAUGCCGUCACCAUUGUAGGUUAUGGGGGGCGAAAUGGGGCCAGGUACUGGAUCGUGAAGAAUUCCUGGGGGGCGAAAUGGGGUGCAAAAGGAUACAUUAUAAUGAAGAGGGAGACAAAAAAUCCAUCGGGACAGUGUGGUAUUGCUACGUUCCCGGUCUUUCCCUUGAUGGAAGCUGGACGAUCGACUGAUUAA